AUGGCAAGAAUCAACUCUUGGACAGCAAAAAAGUUGUCUUAUGCAGGAAGAGCUCAACUAGUCAAGACUGUGUUGUUUGGAGUUCAAGCAUACUGGGCACAGCUGUUUAUUAUACCUGCAAAGAUUAUCAAGUUGAUAGAAGGAUUAUGCAGAAGUUACUUAUGGGCAGGGGUAGGAUAUGUAACAAAAAAGGCUCUAAUAGCUUGGGACAAAGUGUGCAGCCCUAAAUAUGAAGGUGGUUUAGGCUUGAUCAACCUGAAAACAUGGAACAGGUCAGCAAUAGCUAAACUAUGUUGGGAUUUAGCAAACAAAGAAGAUAAGCUAUGGAUUAAAUGGAUUCAUGCAUACUAUAUAAAAGGACAGAGGGAAUGGAAGAUAAGCAAUAAUGCAAGUUGGAUGGUUCAGAAAAUAAUGAGUGCAAAAGCUACAGUUGAUCAAGUGCAACAACAGCAAAACAAAGGAAGAGGUAUACUGAGGCAUAUGUACUAUCACAUGACAAGAAGGCAACCAAAGCCAGCAUGGACAUGCUUCAUGUAUAGCAAUGCAUCAAGACCAAAAGCCUACAACAUAAUGUGGAUGAUGAUGAACCAAAAAUUAGCAACUGUGGACAGAUUAACUAGAUGGGGGCUGGAAGUAGAUAAAAUAUGUGUGUUAUGUAAGAAUGCAGAUGAAACUAUAGAACACUUGUUUCUACAAUGUCAGUUUGCAAGGAAGUUGUGGGAGAACGUACUGAGAAUGUUAGAGCAUCAAGGCACUAUUCCAAUAGUCUGGGAGCAAUUUCAACAAUGGUGUGUACAGAAUGGAAAGGGGAAGAGAGCCACAGCACAAGUGUUCAAGACAGUGAUUACAGAAAGCAUAUAUGACUUAUGGAUAGAGAGGAACAAUAGAAUUUUUGAGAAAAAAAAGCAGAAAAGAGGAGAGUAUAGUAAAAGAGAUUGCUUGUGUUCAUAUAGCUAG